CCCUUGACUUGCGCACUCGUCAAGGAGUAUUUACUUACCUUAUAAAGAAGAGGAAUUGUUACUUAAGUCGAAUUCAAGACAAGAUAAAGAGGUUGCAAGAAAAAGAAGCCGCCGUUAAAAUAGAAAUCAGAGAGUAUCAAGCACAAUUGGAUUUAGAAAUCCAGGCUACUUUUGAAGCCGAAAAAUUAAAAGAUGUUCCAUCUCAGUUUCGCCAUAUUGCGAAAAGAACUUGA